ACUCUCCGGCAGAGGACAGAUUGAACAUGGCGGCCUCCGUAAGAUGCGUUCUGCUCUCAGGAAAAAAUGCCCUGUCGGCUCUCGGGCGGCGGGGGUUUCACCAGAGUGCUCCUGCCUCUGCACAGAUGAUGGUCCGUGAUGCCUUGAACCAGGCGAUGGACGAGGAGCUGGAGAGGGACGAGCGGGUCUUCCUGUUGGGAGAGGAGGUGGCCCAGUACGACGGAGCCUACAAGGUGAGCCGGGGUCUGUGGAAGAAGUACGGAGACAAACGCAUCAUCGACACUCCGAUCACAGAGAUGGGCUUUACCGGUAUUGCAGUUGGAGCUGCCAUGGCUGGCCUGAGACCCAUCUGUGAGUUCAUGACCUUUAACUUCUCCAUGCAAGCCAUCGACCAGGUCAUCAACUCUGCAGCAAAGACCUACUACAUGUCCGCCGGUCGGCAGACGGUGCCCAUCGUCUUCAGAGGGCCCAACGGAGCGUCGGCGGGCGUCGCCGCACAGCACUCGCAGUGCUUCGCUGCAUGGUACGCUCACUGUCCAGGUCUGAAGGUCGUGAGUCCGUGGAGCGCAGAAGAUGCCAAAGGUCUCCUGAAAUCAGCCAUCAGAGACGACAACCCUGUGGUGUUCCUGGAGAACGAGCUGAUGUACGGCGUUCCCUUCGAGAUGUCAGAGGAGUCACAGUCAAAAGACUUCACCAUUCCCAUCGGCAAGGCCAAGAUCGAGAGACAAGGGACUCAUGUCUCUUUGGUCACUCACUCUCGGUACGUCAGUCACUGCCUGGAUGCCGCCGUCGUCCUCGCCAAGGAGGGAAUCGAGUGCGAGGUGGUCAACCUGCGGACCAUCCGUCCCCUGGACGUGGAGACCAUUGAGGCCAGCGUGAUGAAGACUAACCACCUGGUGACAGUGGAGGGCGGCUGGCCUCAGUUUGGCGUUGGAGCUGAGAUCUGUGCCAUGAUCAUGGAAGGUCCAGCCUUCAACUACCUGGACGCUCCGGCCACCAGGGUGACGGGCGUCGACAUCCCCAUGCCGUACGCCAAAAUCCUGGAGGACAACAGCCUGCCGCAGAUCAAAGACAUCAUCUUCUCUGUGAAAAAGACCCUCAAUAUCUGAAACACACACACACACUCAAGACAAACCCCCCUGAAUCCUCUUCGUCUUGCUCACACGGACGGUGGAAACAUCGUCUGGUGAAACAUGUGAACCAUGUGUAAAUACAGCCAAACGGUUCCUUUAAGAAAAAUAAAAAAAAAUAACUCUAUAUUAUGUUUGUUGCCAGAUGUUGGUCAAUUAAGCGCACAACUGUUUGUCUGCACCCAGAGCGGUGGACACACAGGGUUCAGUCAAGCCGUGGCCUCUAUUAGUUGGUUAAAAGCUUGGUUGAACUCUGCGUGUGAAGCUCUGGCUGUCUUCAUCCCCUUCAAAAUAAAAGCUUCUCUAUCCUGUAGGCUUUUCUGUUUAUCUGGGAAAGUUUGGUAACAACAGAACUGCUGAGUUUGUUUCUGCGUGCUCUCAAAUUUAACUCGCAGUUUGAUUAAAAAAAAAAAGUGUUUUACUCCCAGUUUUGUUGUUCAUAAACUCCCAUAUAUUUCUAACCACCAAAACACAUUAUGCUCAGUCUAUUAACGUCUCGCUGUGACUCGGGUUCGUCUCUAAAAGGAGAAGAAGAAUGAACCAGCCUGAGUGCUGGAGGUGGAUUGUGGUCGGGAAUAUUUAUUGUAGCUACAGCAGCUCUGCUGUUCUUGUUGCUGUUAAUUACUCUGUUACAGAAAUAAAAACCUUUCA